UUUCUGUGAGAGGGCCGCGCUGGACGUGCGGGGUGUGGAUCCCUGCAAGGGGCGGAGCUGGAGAUGGCGUCCGCGGCGGCUGGCCGGCUGGCCCGGAUAGCAGUCCGACAAGGGGCUCUCUGGAGCGGGCCGGGGGGGAAGAGAGGUGGCGAUUUCUCCGUCGUACCGGGCAGCUCAGGUCGCAGCCUGGUACCGUCGAGGUCAGUCAUCGUCACUCGCAGCGGUGCCAUUUUGCCCAAGCCGGUGAAAAUGUCCUUUGGUCUUCUCCGUGUGUUCUCCAUUGUGAUCCCCUUUCUCUAUGUUGGCACACUCAUUAGCAAGAACUUUGCUGCUCUGCUUGAGGAGCAUGACAUUUUUGUUCCAGAGGAUGACGACGAUGACGAUUAACAGGUCCUGGAGGAAGGACAGAAAGGAGGAAGCACUAAUGACAAAGUGGUGGCACGCUCAGCUCCUUCCCUAUUGGCAGAAGGGUCAGGGGAGCCCUCAGCCUUGUACAUCCCAGAAUCCUGCGCCUUGGGAGGGUCCCUCAAACGUGCUAUCCAGAGCACUGGGAUACCAAGCAAAGGAUGAGUAACAUAAUAAAUAUGAACUGUGUAUGACUGAAA